AAUGGACAGUAUAAAUUUAGCAACACUCUUCCCACAAGAUCUCUUUCGGGAAAAGGAUAAUAUUCAACUUCGAGUUUUCAACUAUAUCCUUUAUGGAAAUGGUAAACCAACUCGAGGAAUUUCUGACACAAGUAUUCAAUUGGUUCGCACUUGUUUAGUCUUGAAUUGGGACCAAGACAACAAAAAUUCUUCCCUCGAGGAGGUCCGCGCUUUCGUUGUUGAAGUAAGUACAAAGGGUUUGAUUCGAGAUUUCAUAAGAAUUGGCUUAGUGAAAUCCCAUAUUUCGUAUAUAAGAAAAAGAAAUAAUCCGCCGGAUUCGGGAUUGAUCUCUGCAGAUUCCGUGAAUCCGUUUUAUUCGCUUUCUCCCAAGGCUGGCAUUCUUCAACAAUCGCUUAGACAAAAUCAUGGAACUAUUCGUAUGUUCAGAAAUAAGGAAUCCCAAUCUUUGUUAAUUUUAUCAUCCUCUAAUUGUUUUAGAAUCGGUCCAUUUAAUCAUGUAAAAUAUCACAAUGUUAUAAACCAAUCAAUAAAAAAAAAACCUCUAAUUACAAUUCAAAAUUCGUCGGGCCCCUUAGGAACAGCCAUUCAAAUUUCGAAUUUUUAUUCAUUUUUGCCUUUACUAACUUAUAAUCAGAUCUCUGUAAUUAAAUAUUUGCAACUUGAUAACUUCAAAUAUAUUUUUCAAAUAAUUCACUCUUAUUUAAUAGAUGAAAACGGAAGAAUUUUUAAUCUAGAUCCAUACAGUAACCUUGUUUUGAAUCCAUUCAAAUUGAAUUGGUAUUUUCUUCAUCAAAAUUAUAAUAAUUAUUAUUGUGAGGAAACGUCCACAAUAAUAAGUCUUGGACAAUUUUUUUGUGAAAAUCUAUGUAUAGCCAAAAAAGAACCAUACCUAAAAUCGGGUCAAGUUUUAAUUGUUCAAAGGGAUUCUGUAGUAAUAAGAUCCGCUAAGCCCUAUUUGGCUACUCCGGGAGCAAAAGUUCACGGGCAUUAUAGAGAAAUUCUUUACGAAGGGGAUACAUUAGUUACAUUUAUAUAUGAAAAAUCGAGAUCCGGUGAUAUAACCCAAGGUCUUCCAAAAGUAGAACAGGUGUUAGAAGUCCGCUCGAUUGAUUCAAUAUCACUGAACUUAGAAAAGCGGAUUAAGGGUUGGAACAGGUGUAUAACAAGAAUUCUUGGAAUUCCUUGGGGAUUCUUGAUUGGUGCUGAGCUAACUAUAGUGCAAAGUCGUAUUUCUUUGGUUAAUAAGAUUCAAAAGGUUUAUCGAUCCCAGGGGGUGCAGAUUCAUAAUAGGCAUAUCGAAAUUAUUGUACGUCAAAUAACAUCAAAAGUUUUGGUUUCAGAAGAGGGAAUGUCUAAUGUUUUUUUACCUGGAGAAUUGAUUGGAUUGUUACGAGCAGAACGCACGGGGCGUGCUUUAGAAGAAGCAAUCUGUUAUCGAGCCGUUUUAUUAGGAAUAACUCGAGCAUCUUUGAAUACUCAAAGUUUUAUAUCCGAAGCAAGUUUUCAAGAAACUGCUAGAGUUUUAGCAAAAGCUGCUCUUCGGGGUCGUAUCGAUUGGUUGAAAGGCCUGAAAGAAAAUGUUGUUCUAGGGGGUGUGAUCCCCGCCGGGACCGGGUUCAACAAAGGAUUGGUGCAUUGUUCACGGCAACAUACCAAUAUUCUUUUUGAAAAAAAAACAAAGAAUUUAUCUUUAUUAGAGGGAGAUAUGAGAGAUAUUUUAUUUUAUCACAGGGAAUUUUGUGACUCUUCUAUUUACAAAUCUGCCUUUUCUAGAAUUGAAUAAUUCCUAAUAGCAGAUUCCUGUUUUGAAUUUCAUGUUUUAUUGUUUGCUGUAGUCAUUUGCUUUAAUAAUUUGUUAACACUAAUAAAGAUAAUAAUGAAUACAAAAUAAUGGCUCGGCUCGUGCAUAAACGGACAAGAGAAGGUUCCAUUGGAACAAAUUUUUAUUUUAGUUUUGGGUACCCCCCUUUUAAGUGUGAAAAGAAAUGACAAAAAGAUAUUGGAACAUCGAUUUGGAAGAGAUGAUGAGAGCAGGAGUUCAUUUUGGGCAUGGUACUAGGAAAUGGAAUCCUAGAAUGGCACCUUAUAUUUCUGCAAAGCGUAAAGGUAUUCAUAUUAUAAAUCUGACUAGAACUGCUCGUUUUUUAUCAGAAGCUUGUGAUUUAGUUUUUGAUGCAGCAAGUAGGGGAAAACAAUUCUUAAUUGUUGGGACAAAAAAUAAAGCAGCUGAUUUAGUGUCGCGGGCUGCAAUAAGGGCUCGGUGUCAUUAUGUUAAUAAAAAGUGGCUCGGCGGCAUGUUAACAAAUUGGUCUACUACAGAAAAAAGACUUCAUAAGUUUAGGGACUUGAGAACUGAACAAAAGACAGAGGGAUUCAACCGUCUUCCGAAAAGGGAUGCAGCUGUGUUGAAGAGACAAUUAUCUCGCUUGGAAACAUAUCUAGGCGGGAUUAAAUAUAUGACGGGAUUGCCUGAUAUUGUAAUCAUCAUCGAUCAGCAAGAAGAAUAUACGGCUCUUCGAGAAUGUAUAACUUUGGGAAUUCCAACCAUUUCUUUAAUCGAUACAAAUUGUAAUCCCGAUCUCGCGGAUAUUUCUAUUCCAGCAAAUGAUGACGCUAUAGCUUCAAUUCGAUUCAUUCUUAACAAAUUAGUAUUCGCAAUUUGUGAGGGUCGUUCUAGCUAUAUACAAAAUUCUUGAUUAAUAAUAAGAUAAAUAAAUCAAUUUUUUUGAGGGAGGGGCUCCCUGUAUUUCGAUUUAUAAAAUCGGUUACUAUUCCUGAAUCAUACAAAAGAAAAAGAGAUAAAAAACUGGGUAUAUUGUGUGAUUCGUUUAGUUGGUAUCCAAAACUAAAAUAAAAAUUCAAGUAAAUAAGUAAAAAAAAAGGGGGGUCUUGAAUCAAAAUAAUUUAAAGUUCUUAUUUCUGUCAGAGGGCAAUAUGAAUGUUUUAUCAUGUUCCAUCAAUACACUAAUAAAAGAAGGGUUAUAUGAGAUAUCUGGUGUAGAAGUAGGCCAACAUUUCUAUUGGCAAAUAGGGGGGUUCCAAGUCCAUGCGCAAGUCCUUAUUACUUCUUGGGUUGUAAUUGCUAUCUUAUUAGGUUCCGCAGCUCUAGCGGUUCGCAAUCCACAAACCAUUCCAACUGGCGGCCAAAACUUCUUUGAAUUUGUCCUUGAAUUCAUUCGAGAUGUGAGUCAAACCCAGAUUGGAGAAGAAUACGGUCCAUGGGUUCCCUUUAUUGGAACCCUGUUUUUAUUUAUUUUUGUUUCUAACUGGUCAGGAGCCCUUUUACCGUGGAAAAUUAUCCAGUUACCUCAAGGGGAGUUAGCAGCACCAACGAAUGAUAUAAAUACGACGGUUGCUUUAGCUUUACUCACAUCAGUAGCAUAUUUUUAUGCGGGUCUUAGCAAAAAAGGAUUAGGGUAUUUCAGUAAAUACAUUCAACCAACUCCAAUUCUUUUACCCAUUAACAUCUUAGAAGAUUUUACAAAACCCCUAUCACUGAGUUUUCGACUUUUCGGAAAUAUAUUAGCCGAUGAAUUAGUAGUUGUUGUUCUUGUUUCUUUAGUACCUUUAGUGGUUCCUAUACCUGUCAUGUUCCUUGGAUUAUUUACAAGCGGGAUUCAAGCUCUCAUUUUUGCCACUUUAGCUGCGGCUUAUAUAGGUGAAUCCAUGGAGGGUCAUCAUUAACUAUUUUUUUUUUUCAAAUUUAGGUUAGCCCAAUUAUCGAAUAGUUGGUUUACGUUAUGUAAGAAACACUUGUAUAUGUCAUAUUUGAUAUUGACUAGGUAUAUAUAAGUUAAAGAUCUAUAUAAUCUGCCCCACUAUUUUUGUGAAUUUCUAUUUAGAUAACGAUUCGAUUAUAAGUUCUUACUUUUUAUCUGUGAAUUGGCUGAAAAAAACGAUCAAAAAAAGAACGAAGAAUUAAAAGAAAAGAAUGGUUCACAAAAAAGAAACGGCAUAAAAAAGUCGUAUAUAUAUAUAUUAUGCAUUUUUCAAAAUCCCGUGGAUAGGAACUAAUAUCAAAGUAAUUCUUAUCAAGUUUUUGGUUAUUUUGGCUGGAUGAAUCUUAGCGAUGACUUAAUUAUAAUUAAGUCCUAAGUCGUUGGAUGAUUGUAUCAUUAACUAUUUCUUUAUUUUGGUGUGAGGAACUUAUCAUGAAUCCACUGGUUUCUGCUGCUUCGGUUAUUGCUGCUGGGUUGGCUGUUGGGCUUGCUUCUAUUGGACCUGGGGUUGGUCAAGGUACAGCUGCGGGUCAAGCUGUCGAAGGUAUCGCGAGACAACCUGAGGCAGAAGGAAAAAUACGAGGUACUUUAUUGCUUAGUUUGGCUUUUAUGGAAGCUUUAACAAUUUAUGGCCUAGUUGUAGCAUUAGCGCUUUUAUUUGCGAAUCCUUUUGUUUAAUCCUAGAAAUAAUAAAAUUAGGAAUUUUUUUUUUCGUAGUUUUUUUUAUUCUAUCAAGAUUUCACUCCUACAAUUAUUCAUUGAGACAACAACCCUUGGGAAGGACUAAUUUGAGGAUGGGGAAUUAACACAUCGAUUCGCUUUCUUCCUUCCCCUUAUUCUUUUUAGUUUAAUGGAAAUUUUUUUUUAAGGAGUGUUGCGCAAAAAGGAGGUUUAGGUUUUUUAAAAUUGAUAUAAAACUUGGUCUCAAAUUCUAGCUUAAUUUUAAUUAAGUCUCAUUAUUAUUAUUGAAAAUUAAAAAUUUUUGGAAAAUAAAUUUGUAAAUAGAAUAGGUUUUUGAUUCUGUUUAUAAAUAUCCAAAUAGGUAAAUUAAAUUAUAAAUUAUUAAACGAAAUUUUCUUUUUAUUCAAAAAAACAAAGAAUAAAAAAAAAAAAGGACAGAGUUCUUUUUUUUUAUAGUUUAGCUAGAAGAGGAGAUUAUAUGAAAAAUUUAACCGAUUCUUUCGUUUACUUGGGUCACUGGCCAUCCGCCGGGAGUUUCGGGUUUAAUACCGAUAUUUUAGCAACAAAUCCAAUAAAUCUAAGUGUAGUCUUCGGUGUAUUGAUCUUUUUUGGAAAGGGAGUGUUAAAUGAUUUAUUAGAUAACCGAAAGCAGAGGAUAUUAAAUACUAUUCGAAAUUCAGAAGAACUACGUGAAGGAGCUAUUCAACAAUUAGAAAACGCCCGAGCUCGCCUGCGUAAAGUAGAAAUGGAGGCGGAUCAGUUUCGCGUAAAUGGAUACUCUGAAAUCGAACGAGAAAAAGUAAAUUUGAUUAAUUCAACUUCUAGGACUUUGAAACAAUUAGAAAAUUACAAAAACGAAACCAUUCUUUUUGAGCAACAAAGAACAAUUAAUCAAGUCCGUGAACGGGUUUUCCAACAAGCUUUACAGGGAGCUAUAGGAACCCUAAAUAGUUGUUUGAGUAAUGAGUUACAUUUACGUACUAUUAAUGCAAAUAUUGGUAUGUUUGGUACGAUGAAAGAAAUUACUGAUUAGCUCUUUCUUACGAUUAUGAUAGGCAUUAUUUUUUUUUUUCUUCCAAAAAAGAAUUAGGACAAUACUCAUGGUAACCAUUAAAGCCGAUGAAAUUAGUAAUAUUAUCCGUGAACGUAUUGAGCAAUAUAAUAGAGAAGUGACGAUUGUAAAUACCGGUACCGUACUUCAAGUGGGCGACGGCAUCGCUCGGAUUUAUGGUCUUGAUGAAGUAAUGGCAGGUGAAUUAGUAGAAUUUGAGGAGGGUACUAUAGGUAUUGCCCUUAAUUUAGAAUCAAAUAAUGUUGGUGUUGUAUUAAUGGGUGACGGUUUGAUGAUCCAAGAAGGAAGUUCAGUCAAAGCUACGGGAAAAAUUGCUCAGAUACCCGUGAGUGAGGCUUAUUUGGGGCGUGUUAUAAACGCCUUGGCUAACCCUAUUGAUGGUCGAGGUAAGAUUUCAGCUUCUGAAUCUCGGUUAAUUGAAUCUCCUGCCCCAGGUAUUAUUUCGAGACGUUCUGUAUAUGAGCCUCUUCAAACAGGACUUAUUGCUAUUGAUUCCAUGAUCCCUAUAGGACGCGGCCAGCGGGAAUUAAUUAUUGGUGACAGACAGACCGGUAAAACAGCAGUAGCCACAGAUACAAUUCUCAAUCAACAAGGUCAAAAUGUAAUAUGUGUUUAUGUGGCUAUUGGUCAAAAAGCUUCUUCCGUGGCUCAGGUAGUGACUAGUUUACAGGAACGAGGGGCAAUGGACUACACUAUUGUGGUAGCUGAAACGGCUGAUUCCCCAGCUACGUUACAAUACCUCGCGCCUUAUACAGGAGCCAAGCUACUCAGAAUCAAUUGGCAAGAGGUCAACGAUUGCGUGAGUUACUGAAACAAUCCCAAUCAGCCCCUCUCACAGUGGAAGAACAGAUAAUGACCAUUUAUACCGGAACAAAUGGUUAUCUGGAUGGAUUAGAAAUUGGACAAGUAAGAAAAUUUCUCGUUCAGCUACGCACUUAUUUAAAAACAAAUAAACCUGAGUUCCAAGAAAUAAUAGCCUCUACCAAGACAUUAACCGCUGAAGCAGAAAGCUUUUUGAAAGAAGGUAUUAAAGAGCAACUGGAACGUUUUCUACUUCAGGAGAAAUUAUAAAAAAUAGAAAUAUAUUUAAGUUAAGUCUAUAUAUAAUAUAUAUAAGUAUAGAACUAAUAUCUGUAUAUGUUUAAUAUAAAAUCUUAAAGCAUUCAGAAUUUAUUUCUUAUUAUAUUUAUUUUUUAUAAAUUUUCUAAACAGAAUAAAAAUAUUCUUAUAAUA